GAUAUGAUCAUCCAGUCAUCCACUAUAAGCCUAAAGAAGCUUACAAAGUAUCAUCUCUCUCUGAGAAUCUCACAUGGAGAUCCGGGUCAUCCUCCUCACCACUCUAUGCCUCUGUGCUGCCCUAAAGUUUCUCUUUGAUUUCCUCUCACACAAAUCAAAUCCCAGAUGCCCACCAAGCCCUUGGAUAGUACUCGUCAUAGGCAACUUCCUGUGGCUUCGUGAGAGCUUGUUAGAUCUCGAGCCAAUCCUCUCCAAGCUCUAUGUCAAGUACGGCCCCAUCUUCACUGUCCCAAUUGGCUCCCAACCCAACAUUUUCAUUAACAGCCAUUCCCUUGCUCAUCAAGCCCUCAUCCAGAAUGAAGCCAUCUUUGCUGAUCGCCUGCAUGCGCUAAAUCAAUCUGCUACUACCUGGAAGCCAAGAGCCAUCAGCGCUUCUCCUUAUGGGCCAUACUGGCGGCUCCUCCGUCGGAACCUCACCUCUGAGAUCCUCCACCCUUCUCGGCUGAAGAGGUACUGACACAAUAGCGACGGCAAUGGAAUGGAUCAUGGCCAACCUAGUGAAGCAUCAAGAUAUCCAAGCAAAGCUAUAUUGAGAAAUCAUGAGGGUUUUGGGAGAAGAUGAAGAGAUCACAGAGGAUGAUUUGCAGAGGAUGCCUUAUUUGAAGGCAGUGAUAUUAGAAGGGUUAAGGCGGCAUCCUCCACUCCACUUUGGGCUGUCACAUACUGUCACGGAGGAUUUUCAUUUAGACAGCCAUGUGAUACCUAAGAAUGCUAAUGUGUAUUUCAAUAUAGCAGAGAUGGGGUGGGAGCCAAAAGUGUGGGAGAAUCCAAUGGAGUUCUGGCCUGAUAGGUUUUUAAGUGGAGAGGGAUUUGAUGUAACAGGGAAGAAGGGGAUAAAGAUGAUGCCCUUUGGUGUGGGGAGGAGGAUUUGCCCUGGAUAUAACCUGGCAUUGCUUCUUCUAGAGUAUUUUGUAGCUAAUCUGGUCAAAGAUUUCAAAUGGAUGGCUGUUGAUGGAGAAGAUGUUGACUUGUCAGAGAUGAAAAAUUUUGAGGUUGUGAUGAAGACUCCAUUAAGGGCCCAUAUAUCUCCAAGGGUGAUGAAGUGAGAAUCCACACUACCCUUCUCUAUAUAUAUGUAGAACUUUAUAACUAUGUAUGUAAAGGUCUGUAGAGGUCAAGAGUCUUAUACCUCUACACAGCUACACCACCAAUCAGCAGGGUUUUAGGAAUCGGUAUCGGAUGAGAUAUAUUGGUUAA